GUGUUUUUUUUUUGUAUAUUUGUCGUUGUCGAUUUUGUUUUAAUAAUUAGUGAAAUAUUGCAAUCAUUGAUUAGUGAUUUUUGUCAGUGUUCUCUUGUGUUGUUGGAUAACUAACCAACAUACACGAUGGAUGCUAAGUCUUUUCUAUUUUCUUGGUGCGCCAAGAAAAGUUUGACGCCGACAUAUGAUAUACGUGCUACAGGUCCCAAGCAUCGCCAGCGUUUCCUAUGCGAAGUCCGUGUCGAUGGCUACACAUAUGUGGGAGCAGGAAAUUCAACAACUAAAAAGGAAGCUCAGAUGAAUGCGUCUCGAGACUUCAUCAACUAUUUAGUGAGAUCAAGCGAUGUUGCCCAAAAUGACAUUCCGGAUUAUAUUGGCGUCAAAAAUGAGGUUGAAGACAAAAACCAUGGCCCUAACUUACAUGGCAAUGGUAAUGAAAGUUAUCCAAGACCAGUUUUUCAGGAUGGAAUGGGUCCCGAAAGCAUGGGACAGGCCUAUCAUGCCUAUGGUGGUCAGAAUCAAAACUUCACAUAUAUGGAUCGGCUACAACAGCAAAAAAAUGUUGAAGAGGCUGAAGAUUUAGAUGUGAAUGCGAGCUUGCAUGGCAACUGGAACAUGGAUAAUGCUAAGUCAAAACUUCAUCAGUUCAUGCAAAUAAACAAAAUUAAUGCUGAUUAUAUAUACAAGGCUGUAGGGCCUGAUCACACACGGAGUUUCUGUUGCGAAAUGUCGAUAUACGUCCAUCAAUUAGGUCGCCAUGUAACUGGUCGUGAGACAGCUUCCAACAAACAGACCGCAAGCAAGUCCUGCGCCCUCUCUCUUGUUCGUCAAUUGUACCAUCUCGGUGUUAUAGAGGCGUUCAGUGGUACUUUGAAGAAAGACAGGACUGCAGAAGGUCUCAUGAAACCAUACCCUGUUGCCAUAAAUCCUGAGCUAGAGCAGUUGCUACAGAAUACAUUAGAAGAAUUAAACAUCGAACCGGUUGAUGUAAACAAUCCACCACCAUCAAGUAAGGCCGAGGAAGGCCAGGAAGGUCCAACAGGUGUGACGUUGAUACAAGUGGACCGCGUGCGGGCGAUGCGUGAAGCACGCCCCGCCCCGGGCGGAGUUGUGUCGUGGUCGCCUCCGCAAGCUAACUGGAACGCUUGGACCGGAUGCAAUAUAGAUGAGGGUCCUCUCGCUACCACCAGUCUCGAUGAAUUCAGUUCAGAUUUGGAAAAGAACCACCGUAACAUGUGCCAGAACAGUCAACUGUAUCAGGAGAGUCUUCGCGAGAGAGAACAACUGCCGGUAUACGCAAUGCGCUCAGAAAUUAUGAACGCAAUCAACGACAACCCCGUCAUCAUUAUCAGGGGUAACACUGGCUGCGGGAAGACUACCCAGGUGUGUCAGUUCAUCUUGGACGACUAUAUAGCGAGCGGUCAGGGCGCGUGGGCGAACAUUUGUGUGACGCAACCUCGUCGUAUAUCCGCCAUUAGUGUCGCCGAGCGGGUAGCAGCCGAGAGAUGCGAGGAAAUCGGAAACAGCGUCGGAUAUUCAGUUCGAUUUGAAUCCGUACUCCCUAGACCUUACGGUUCAAUAAUGUUUUGCACUGUCGGCGUGCUUCUAAGAAAAUUAGAAGGUGGUUUGAGAGGAGUCAGUCAUGUACUAGUGGAUGAGGUACAUGAACGAGAUGCUGACACGGACUUCGCCCUUAUAUUGCUUCGUGACAUGGCCCACACUUAUCCUGAUCUACGAAUCAUAUUGAUGUCUGCCACAGUAGACACCACUCUGUUCACCAAUUACUUCCUCAACUGCCCUGUAAUUGAGGUGCCCGGUCGUACAUAUCCAGUACAGCAAUAUUUCCUUGAGGAUUGUAUAGAGCUGACGAAGUUUAAACCGCCCGUCGAUAACAGGAAACGGAAGUCCUCUGGAAAGAAAGUUGCCAGUAACGACGACGAUGACGAUGAUGAAGGUGUGGGCAUUGAUGAACAAGAUGAAGAUCUGAACAAGAACUGUAAACUGGGAAAUGAUUAUGCACCAGAAACCUCACAGGCUCUACAGCAACUAUCUGAGAAAGAUUUAAGCUUCGAGCUCAUAGAAGCUUUAUUGACCUACAUAAACAAUCUGCAAGGCGACGGCGCUGUCUUAGUGUUUCUCCCCGGUUGGAACCUGAUAUUUGCUCUCAUGAAACACUUGUCCCAAAGCCGAAUAUUCGGCGACCAAUCUCGAUAUGUGAUCCUGCCUUUACAUAGUCAGAUUCCAAGAGAAGACCAAAAGAAAGUGUUCGUCACCCCUCCAAAUGGAAUCACCAAGGUAAUUUUAUCGACUAAUAUUGCGGAGACAUCUGUCACUAUCAACGAUGUUGUGUACGUGAUCGACUCGUGCAAGGCGAAAAUGAAGCUGUUUACGUCACACAACAACAUGACGUCAUACGCCACCGUUUGGGCUAGUAGAACUAAUCUGGAACAGAGGAAAGGUCGCGCGGGUCGCGUCCGUCCCGGGGUUUGUUUCACGCUAUGUACUAGAGCAAGAUUCGAUCGACUUGAGGAACAUCAGACUGCCGAGAUGUUCAGGACACCGUUACACGAACUCGCUCUCAGUAUCAAGCUUCUCCGGCUGGGCAGCAUCGGUCAUUUCCUAUCCAAAGCCCCGGAACCGCCGCCGUUGGACGCGGUGAUUGAGGCCGAAGCCUUAUUGCGCGAACUUGGUUGUCUCGACGUCCACAAUAACGAUGCCCUCACACCACUCGGGACUAUACUGGCUAAGCUACCAAUAGAGCCUCGGCUGGGUAAGAUGAUGGUGCUGGGUUUCGUGCUGGGCGUGGGCGAUGCGCUGACCACGAUGGCGGCCAACUCUACGACGUUCCCGGAGAUAUUCUCGCUGGAGGGCCGCCGUCGGCUCUCCGCCCACCAGAGGGCGCUGGCCGGCGAACGGGCCUCCGAUCACGUUGCCAUGCUCAAUGCAUUCCAAAUGUGGGAAAGGGAACGUGCUAAAGGUGAAGACGCCGAGCAAGCGUGGUGUGAAUGGAAAGGAGUGCAGCAAACCACACUCCGAGUCACCUCCGAAGCUAAAUAUCAGCUGAUAAAUAUAUUGACAACUGCGAUCGGUUUCCCGGAGGAGUGUUGUCCACCACAACGUUGGAACCCAUCAGGGCCUGAUCCUAAUUUGGAUAUGGUGAUCGCGCUCAUGUGCAUGGGAUUAUAUCCUAAUGUUUGUCUGCAUCAGGGCAAGAGGAAGGUGUUGACAACUGAAGGCAAGCCGGCGUUGAUUCACAAGACGUCGGUGAAUUGCAGCAACCAGGAGCAGAAGUUUCCGUCGCCAUUGUUCGUGUUCGGUGAGAAGGUGCGAACUAGAGCGAUCAGCUGCAAGCAGACCACUAUGGUGGCGCCGAUACAUCUGCUGCUGUUCGCUAGCAGGAAAGUCGAAUGGAUCGACAACAUGGUACGCAUAGACAACUGGUUGAACUUUGACAUGUCUCCGCGGGUGGCGUCGCUCAUUGUCGCGUUACGUCCCGCUGUUGAACGACUGGUGGAACGCGUCGCUGCCGAACCAGAUGCCGCUUUGCAAUUCUCGCCCAGCGAACAAAAGAUCAUCAGUUGUCUACGAGAACUAUGCGUGAUGGAUGCUGGUGAUUUCAACAUCCAACGGGAAGUGACGCCGCUGGCGUUUAGGCCUGACGGAGCUAAACGAGGAAAUUUCAGAGGUUGGGGCACGAAUGGGCCCCGAGGUGGUUUCGGCAAUCAAGGAGUGUUUGGAGGCAACCGUGGUGGGUUCGGGGGUAACCCUGGAGGGUUUGGGGGUAACCAAGGAGGAUUUAGGGGCAAUAGAGGUGGAUUUGGUGGUAACCAAGGUGGGUUUGGGGGUAACCGAGGUGGAUUCGCUGGCAAUCGUGGUGGGUACCGAGGCGGUUAUGGUGACAACUCCAGGGGCUUUCGGGGCGGCUUCGGUAACAGAGGCGGAUUUUCUGGACGAGCCAGAGGUGCGUGGAGAGGGGGGUCUCAAUGGUGAAAUACACUUUAAUUUAGUAAAUGUGCAUUCCUAGAGAAUAUUAUUGUGUAAUGUCAUGUCUAUGUUGUAUUACUAAACCAAAUAAAGUAAAUAAACCAAAA